UUUCAAGAUCGUUUUUUCCUUCCCCCUCCCUACCGGUUUUACUUAUUUUCCACUACCACCCACCCCAUUAUGCAGCACACCCCCUCCUCCCCGGGGCUAAGUUUCAAACAGGCAGACACCCAACUUACAAAGUUUCCCCCGUUGGACUACCUAAUUCAAAUAUGGAUCUUUGACUUUCUACCUUGAAAAGUGGGGACCCCCGUGGCCGAUGGAAGUUCUGGCAAACAGGCCCUACCCUGUUUUGAGUUAAGCCUCCAUCGGCUAGCAUGGCUCCAUUUAUGAGGUCCUUUCAAUGUCCGGUCCCCGGCUCGACACGCAGAUGCAGAGUGGGGCGGGGGGUAGGCAAAGCAAAGGGAAGGGGAAAAAAAAUUAAAAAAGAAGAAUUAGACAUUAAGACCCUCACCCUAGCCGUCUUUGUAUGUACUCCGUACUGUAUCGCCAGGUCAGAUCGACAAGAGGAUUGCCAAGAUAAGUCCUUAACAAUUUCUAAAAGGGCAGAUCUCUCGGCUAUUCCGCUCCAAACUUUACGGAGUAGAGAAUUAAAAGGGAAGGUGUAGAACUGAUGAAGGUAAAAGAGUGAGCGAGAAUUUUAAGCGAGAGGUGACGAUAACAAUCAUCAUCUGGACUGACGAAGGUGCA